ACAGCACGUCACACACGGCACAGACUGGACCGCACACACGCCGGAGGAUUCUGUUUCCGGUUCGAACAGUUUCCUGUGAACACAAAGGGGUUCAUGGAGAUUCUGAGCGUGUUUACAGACUGACAUGCCAAGCCGUGGCUCCGGGUGUGUUUUUCUUGCAGUCUGCUUCAGGAGGGAAACGGUCGAGGCAGCGGUACGUUAGUGGAUCAUACCGAGGGGAGAGCAGCUGCAGCCUGCGUUUGUGGAGUCAAAAUGGCGUCUGGUUCUCCAGUCAACUCGGCUUUAAUCCAUCUGUGAUUAUUCCGACAGCCGGACAGCAACCUGUAACUGGUUACCAGGGCGUAUCGGACCGACGCGGGUUGGAGCACAGGCAGUGUCAUGUCGGACUCGGAGGAGGACAGCCAGGACAAGCAGCUUAAAAUUGUGGUGGUUGGAGACGGAGCAUGUGGGAAGACAUCACUCGCCACCAGAUUUGCACAGGAGGCCUUUGGGAAGCAGUACAAACAAACCAUUGGCCUGGAUUUCUUUCUGAAGAGAAUAAGCCUUCCAGGCAAUUUGAAUGUGACCCUGCAAGUGUGGGACAUUGGAGGCCAAACAUUAGGGGGCAAAAUGCUGGAUAAAUAUGUGUACGGAGCUCAUGGUGUUCUUUUAGUAUAUGACAUCACAAACUACCAGAGCUUUGAGAACCUGGAGGAUUGGUUCAGCAUGGUGAAGAAGGCAAAUGAAGAAUCUGAUAUCCAGCCUGUCGUCUUCCUGGUGGGCAACAAAAUUGGUACCCGUCUGCUCAACCCCGACACCCCCCACCUUUCCUAUCCCGUCCCACGUAGUCGCUUAAGUCGACCUGGAGCACAUGAGGACCAUAAAGGCAGACAAACACCAGCGCCUGUGCCAGGAGAAUGGCCUCAUCAGUCAGUUCGUAUCGGCCAAGACGGGGGAUUCGCGUGUUGUGAAGGCGGACAUCGUGAACUACAGUCAGGACACCGUAGCCAGGACAGCCAACACCCCUCGCAGCUCCAUGUGUGUGCUUCAGUGAUCCUCUCAAGCACAAAAAUACAAACAUUAAGAUGUAAAAUCGAUCGUCCUUAGGCAGUAUUAGAACUUCGAGUGAACUGGAUGAGAAAGUAUUCGGAGCGAGGUUUCUGUGUUCCUGUGUGUCAGUCGUAUUGCUUGGAUGAAGAACAGACUGCGUGGCUCCGAGGCCUUGGCAUGUAGUUCAGAUAUUUAGCAGGAAUUAGUUCUUGGGUGGUUCACCAAAAAAGAAAAUGGGACCUCAGUUUUUUAAGUUUAUGUGCAGCUAUCAAUUACUUCUAUACCUUUAAAGCUAUUACCUGAUUUAUACCUUAGGGUGAAGCUGGUAAUUUAAAGGAGCAACAUAGCAACUGAAAACAAUGUUAUAGAGACGUUAUAUUGUUUUUUUUUUCUUUAGCUUUUAGUUUGAUAGUCUGCAUAUUUCAGCUUUAACAUAUUUUCAGUUUUUUUUAUUGAAAAUUGCAAAUAAAGGACAGGCAGAGGUAAAAUCUAUAUAUUUCAUACUUUUAUUCAGCUCUUUUCUUCUAUAUGUGCUGUUUACUUGCAAACCAGAAAGGUAGAGUGAAAAUGCUGCUGUUAUUGAAGUAAAACUCCUAUUACUGUUUGCCAAUUAGGUGGUUGCUUGCUCAGUGUAAACAGUAUGCUGUUAUUUCACUUAGAGACAUUCCAAGAUUUAUUCUUAAAUAUUUUUUUCUCCUGAUUCAACAAUAAGUUGCAACCUGCAAAGUAGUUCUAUCCAAUUUGUUUUAGUUCACUGGAUUUUAGUGAUUCAGCUCUUCCUAUAAUUUUACAUUUCCACUCUCAUUUUGUUAGUUGUUGAAACAUUGACAAUCCCAAAAGAAAUAUCUGAGUAUAUCUGUGUCAUUUAAGCUUCUUUUAGAUUAGUUGUUGGACUUUCAGUUGUAAAAUAAAUGUUCAUGUUGGAGAAUGGCAAUGAUGCAUAAGGUCUUAAUUUUGCUAUCUUAAAUGGGAGUUCUUUAGCUUGUCUGUCCCUAAAAUGUGUUCAAUUUUAAAUGUCUUCUUUCCCAAUCAGCUUCUACAUGAUACUAUAUGUCAGCAUGCUGUUGAAACUUGAAACUGCAUUGUUGAUUUCUGUGUAUUGGUGCAGUAACUCAUCUAAGUGGUCAGAGAACAUUCUGCAAAUGCUGAAUAUGUAAACAAAAUGUACUUUUCGAGAAUGUAGAGAUACACUCAUUAUAAAGCAAGAAAGAUUUGUUUCCAAAUAAAAAGUUGCAACAUGGAAAACAAGA